AUGGCUAAAUAUGUCUUGAAGUCCGGUCUCUCCAAGGACAACGCCGAUCGUAUCGAUUCAACUCGGUUUAUGCAGACUCUCAGUGUUGACUCCCUGUUUGGUCUAUCGACAAGGGAAAAUCCCGGAUUCAGAGUGACUCGAUGUGGUUACACUGGCGAAGAUGGUUUUGAGAUCAGCCUGCCCGCCCCAUUGGCGAGCGAAUUGGCCGAGCGGAUUCUGGUGGCAGGCGAUGUCAGACUGAUUGGUCUGGCAGCACGAGAUACUUUGCGACUGGAGGCAGGCUUGUGUCUAUACGGCAAAGAGUUGGACGAGCAGCUGACUCCGGUGGAGGCUGGGCUGACAUGGACUAUCGGAAAGAGGCGAAGAUCACCAAACAGCACAAACAAAUUCCCCGGUUUUGAAAAGAUUAUCAGCCAAAUAAACGGUUCCGGGUUGACUCGGCGACGGGUGGGUCUCAUCCAUUCCGGUGGCCCUUCGGCUCGUUGUAACCCCAAUAUUCGCAAUGUUGAUGUUAAAACAGGAUCAGGAGACCUGAAUCAGGAAUCAUUUGAGCGAUAUGGAGAAAAUUCGCCACUUGUUAUGUCACUGGAGCCAUGGAUCUUCACAGGAGUCUCUAAGCCUUCAUAUAUUGCCUUGGGCUUUUCUAAUCUAGCUGACAGUAUUCGAACCAUGAACGCCUAA